AGUUCAUAUUGAUUGAAGCUUUCUUUCGGUUUGGCUCCAUCUUGUGUGUGUGUGGUUUUGCUUUGAUAGAUGAUUUGAUUACUUCACAGUCUCAAACACUCACCACCUCGCACUAACUCGUGAAUUUCUGCUCUCUUUCUUUUGUGGAUUCUUGUCCUUUACUUGGGUUCUUUUGCGUUAGUUAGCUUUCUUUCUCCAGCACUACCAAACACCCCAUGUGCUCUUUCAUUUUCUUGGCUUCUCUUUUGUUUCCUUAAAUACCCAUUAGGCCAUUUGGUCUUGAUCUGUAAAAGAGUACGUGGUUUCUUCAACAAUAUAUGAAGGGAAGAGAUGAAAGGGCAAAAUGAAGAGGGGAAGAAAGUAGGAGAAUAUACAAAAGAGAAGAUCUGCUGAUAAAAGAAUUGUCUAUAUAUGGCUGUGUCCACUGAGACAGUUAUGGCUAUCAAGACUUACCAAAAUCAGGCUGAGGCAUUGGUUAAGAAUUACAUAUUAGCUGAUCCUUUCAUUCCUUACACUUCCGUCCUUGGUGGCAUUUUUGCUUGCAAAGUGGCCUAUGAUCUCACUCAAUUAAUCAGCACUUUUUACAUCAAAGCUUAUAAUGGUCUUACAAAACUUCAACGAAUUGAGUGGAACAAUAGAGGCAUGUCUACAAUUCAUGCCAUUUUCAUCACAGCUAUGUCAUUGUACUUUGUCUUCUGGUCGGAUCUCUUUUCUGACCAACGGCAUACUGGCCUUGUUACAUUACGGAGUUCACAACUCUCCAUUGUUGGACUUGGGGUUUCUAUUGGGUACUUCUUUGUGGACUUUGGAAUGAUUUUUUUGUACUAUCCUACUUUGGGUGGAAAGGAGUAUGUUAUCCAUCAUUCUCUUUCUACAAUUGCAGUAGCGUAUUCUAUGUUGUCUGGAGAACUGCAGCUUUAUACAUACAUGUGCCUCAUCUCUGAAGUGACAACUCCAGAGAUUAAUAUGAGAUGGUAUCUUGAUACAGCUGGUCUGAAGAGGUCUGCUGCAUAUCUUAUCAACGGUCUAGCCAUCUUUCUUGCUUGGCUGAUGGCAAGAAUUCUGCUGUUUCUUUACCUGUUUUACCACAUCUACUUGCACUAUGAUCAGGUUAUCCAGAUGAGCCUCUUUGGCUGUCUUCUGACCUUUUUGGUUCCGGCAGUACUAUUUAUCAUGAACUUGAUGUGGUUUGGGAAGAUCAUAAAGGGAUUGAAGAAAGCCUUGGCAAAAAGACUCUGACAGAUGUCGCCAUGUAUCAAAUAUGUUCCUCUCAUGGCCGGUCUGAUGCCCCCCCUCCUACUUUCUUUAUUGUACAUGAUAUAGGCUAAAACAAGAAAAGGUAAUCAGAUGUUGAAGAUCAAAUUAAUCCGUAAAUCUAUAACUAGCAUGGUUUUUCCUUUCAAACAGUCGCAUGCUAGAGACUUCAAGACCAUCCAUCCAUCAGUCCAGCCCAUCUAGAUGAAAAUCUAAUCGAAGGGCUAUAAUCAUGGGUUAGGUACCUAUCUAGAAAGAAGUGUUGCAUAUUAUUAUUCUUUGGGAAACAUCAUGUAUUGAUCCAUUAUUAAUUAACUUCCAAACCUUUUAAUUUUAUUAA